AUGUCGGAGCACAGCAGGAGAAAGAUCACCUUCACCAGGAAAGCUUCCCCGGUUGUGGAUCCCCCUGCAGUCAACGAGGGACAGGGAGGCUAUCCGAACCGUGUCAGCACGACCAGGUUUACACUAGCGACGUGGCUUCCAAAGUCGCUCUUUGCACAGUUCCAGCGUGUGGCCAACAUCUACUUCCUCUUCGUGAGCGUCAUCGUCUGCAUUCCAGACGGUCCGAUGGCAUGGCCGGCAACCGUGCUGACCUUCUUGGGAGUCCUGCUCUGGACUGCUUUAAAGGACCUCUACGAAGACAGAAGACGGAAACGUGAUGAUGACGCAGAAAACUUGCGGAGAUGUAUGCGGUACAAUGCACAGAGUUGCAGCUUCGAGGAGGUUAACUGGAAGGAUGUGCUUGCUGGUGACAUCCUGCUUAGCUUUGCUGACGAGGCGUUUCCAGCCGAUGUGCUGCUCGUGCGAGCGGCUGGAGGGCAGGCAUUCAUCUCAACGGUGAACUUAGAUGGCGAGACUAACCUCAAGGAAAGACGUGCCGCGGACCUACUGUCUGCCAUCACCGACAUGCCUGAGGCAGGGCAGGAUGUGCCACGAGGGGAGCAGGCACGUGAGCAGGUCUUGCAAAUGGCCUGCAUGACCGCAAAGCACUUGCAAGAGGAGGGCUUACAGGUGGAGCUGGACGUGCCUAAGGCAGUCCUGACUGACAUGGAUGGGUCGCUCGAACUGAAGAGCGCGUCCUCAACGGCGCAAGCCAAGAUGCAAGAGGUGGAGGUCAAAAUUCCCUGCAAGCUUGGCUACGAACUUUUUGUGCCGCGCGGGUGCGUCCUUCGAAAUACAUUGUAUGUUAUCUCAAUAGCCGCAUUCUGUGGACCACAUACAAAAACAAGGAUGAAUGCAGCGCAAGCAGUGGGAAAGGUGUCGAACAUGCAGGUGUACCUGAACCGCGGCGUCCAGGGCCUGGUAGUGGCGCUCGCAUUGUGGUGCACCUACUGCACCAUCGCAGGGGAAGUGCAGGGCGCGACCGAAAAGCACUGGUUCCUGCGCUUCCUCUUCUACUGGAUCAUCCUCUAUCAGAUCAUCCCUGUGAGCCUUUACGUUUGCUUUGAGAUUAUCAAGCUCUCUCUGGCGUUCCAGAUUAACCGGGAUCCCAGCAUGGUGGACCUGAGGACACAGCAGCCGGCAAUGGCUAGAACAGCUGAUUUGGUCGAAGAAAUGGGUCAGGUGAAUUUCGUGUUUUCCGAUAAGACUGGAACCCUCACAGAAAACGAGAUGGUUUUCGCACACUGUUGUGUUGGUGGAAAAGAUCUCGGAGACUUCCGCAAAGGUGGAAAGCUAGAUAUACAGGAGGAGGCUGUUGGUGUCGCUGAAGCAAAGAGAGUUCUUGCAGAUCCUGCCGACCCACUGCACUCCGAGGCGCUCUGGUUUUUCCUGAACCUUGCGACCAACCACUCCGUGCAGGUUGAGGCGGGGGCGAACGGGAAGAAGACCUUUGAAGGGAGUUCCGCUGACGAGGUGGCUUUUGUGGAUGCCGCUAACGCGGUAGGCGUGACCUUCGCCUCUCGCACGCGGCUAGCUGGAACGAGCCAUACAGAACUCGUCGUGAAAGGACCAGGGCCGCAAGAAUUCACCUUCACAAAUGUUUGCGAGAUACCUUUCACAUCGGAUAGAAAGCGCAUGAGUGUGAUUGUGAAGCACGUCGGCGAGUACUGGUGCAUGUGCAAAGGGGCCGACAACAUCAUGGGGCCCUUGUGCUCCCGCCCGCUGGAUGGCACGCUUGGUGAGAGCUUGACACAGUACUCCAAGCUGGGCCUGCGAACUCUUGUUAUCGCCGCAAAAAAGAUGGACCUGAGCUUCACCGAAGAUUGGCUCAGCCGCUGGAAAGAUGCGAGCCUCGAGUCCGAGGACCGCGAGAAGAAGCUGGCUGAAAUCGCCGCCGAAGUGGAGCACUCCUUGGAGCCAGCAGGAAUCACUGCCAUCGAGGACAAAUUGCAAGAAGGCGUACCCGAAGCCAUCGUCUCCAUCAAGGCAGCAUCAAUCCGAUUCUGGGUUCUGACCGGGGACAAGACGGAAACGGCGGUGGAAAUUGCAAAAUCUUGUCGCCUCUUCACCCCGAGCAUGACUCUUGCUUAUUUGGUGAACUGUAGCAGCGAGCAGCAAGCAUUGAGCUUGCUGGAGGAAGCCAAGACAAAGUUGAAAGACUUGACUGAUGGAGGGCUCGUGAUCGAUGGUACCUUUGUUCAGCAGGUUCUGAGUUCUGCCAAUGGCCGGCCGAUGUUGUAUGAGCUUGCCAUGUCCAGCACUUGUUGCGUGUGUUGCCGUCUGUCUCCACAGCAGAAGCGCCGUCUGGUGGAGUUAGUGAAGGACAUGAACAAGACAGGAAUAACCUUGGCAGUCGGCGACGGGGCCAAUGAUGUGCCGAUGAUUCAGGGUGCCCAUGUCGGCAUAGGCAUCCGUGGCAAAGAAGGCAAUCAGGCCGUGCAGGCCAGUGAUGUGGCAAUUUCGCAGUUUCGCUUCCUUGUCCCGCUGUUGUACUGCCACGGAAGACGGGCAUACCGCCGUGUGGCUACAUUUAUCUGCUACAUGUUCUACAAGCACACCACUUUGGCUGUGGGCGACAUUUUCUACGCACAUCAGAUUGGGUUUGUGCCUCAGAUCGCCUAUGCCGAGUGGCUGAACUCAGCAUUUGCCUCCGUCAUCUGCGGCUUGCCGGUGCUCGUGGUGGUGAGUCUGGACACUGACAUACCAGACGAGGUGUCUGUUGCAUCGCCGGACUUGUACAUUGAAGGGCUACAGCGAAUGCGCUUCAAUGCACCUUUGCUAGUGGCAUGGGUGUUGAGUGCCUUCUACCACGGUGGGGUGUCCUGGCUCAUUCCGAACUUGACCGUUGGAUCUGUGGACGAGGAGGAUGGAUCGGAGUUCUGGUAUUCGUCAUGCAUUUCAUUUUGCCUGGUAGUGAUUUUCGUCAACUUCCGGUUGUGGAUGGUUGCCGAAAGUCCAUUCUCAAAAGAGACGGUUGGGAUCAUCGUCUUCUCCUUCGUGUGUUUGGCAGUAACGUUGCUCGUUUUAGCUGAAACUCCGUUGGGCACGGACAUGAUGCAACCGAAGAUCGCAGGAGCCCUGAGUGCAAUGUUCACAGAAGCUCGCUACACAGCGGUUCUGUUCCUUACUCCGUUACUGCUGCUCCUGGACCUGGCUGUUUACCAGGCAAUCGCUUACUUCAACCCGUAUCCGCUGACAGCUGCCAAGAGGAAACUGUGGUGGAGCAAGCGACAAAAGAAGGACGUCCCGGACGCAAUCCAGAAUGGACACCAUUAG